CCGAAAGUUACCGACCUCCAUGGAUCGUACUCGAAAAUAAGGUUCGCAACGCCGCUAUACGUGAGAAACAGCGCGCAAAACACAUUGUAGCACAGGUGGUUCGUUUAGCAACCCGAGAAUUCAGCGUGAUGGAGACGGUCGAUCGCAAGGCACUAAACACAAUCUGCAGACUUUUGUCUCUAUCCAGACCCGAUGUGGUACCAAUAUGUGGGGCUUUCUUGUUCCUUGUUGCAGCUGUUAUUGGUAAUAUACUGAUGCCUAGCUUUACUGGUAAGCUUAUUGACAGCCUGCAAUCCAAAUUUGAUAGUAACACAUUUGCAAGUGCAAUUUUCUUCAUGGGACUUACAUCAUUUGGAGGCGCUUUAUCAGCUGGAUGUCGAGGUGGAUUAUUCAUGUUCUCAAUAUCCAGGCUAACGAAAAGAGUCCAGCAACACCUUUUUAGUUGCUUCGUCAAGCAAGAUAUUGCAUUCUUUGAAACAACAUCAAAAGGGGAUAUCACCACAUGUUUGUCCAGUGAUGCAUCACUAAUGAGUCGGUCGCUGGCUGCAAAUGUUAACAUUCUCCUUCGCAGUCUUGUUAUGACUCUUGGUAUCUACUGGUUCAUGAUCCAGCUCUGCUGGCCUUUGGCUUUGCUCAGUGCUCUUGAAUCGCCUAUUACUAUCACUGCUGAGAAAAUAUACAACAAGUACUAUCAGGGGCUGGUCAGUUCGGUUAAGAAGUCCAUAGUCAAAAGUAACCAGGCUGCUUGUGAAAGCAUUUACCUUAUCAGAGCAGUCAGGAGCCACGGUGGCGAGAUGAUGGAGCAGAAGAUAUAUAAUGCCUGUCUGCAAGAAACACACAAUUUAAAAAUACACAGAGACAGUGUCAGAGCUACUUACUUGUUCUUCAUGAGGUUAUUUCAGUUAUGUAUGCGGGUGUUAAUCCUGUGGUAUGGGCAGCGAAUGAUUAAAUCUGGUGAAAUGACACCCGGCAAUCUUGUGUCCUUCCUACUGUACCAAAUGGAUAUCGGAGGAUAUGUACAAACCUUAGUUGAACUACAUAUAGACCUUAUAGAGUCCCUGGAAUCGGCUGAGAAAGUCUUUCAGUAUAUGGACCACAAACCAUCUGUUUCAUGUGGUCGUCUUGCUCCUGAAAAGCUUACGGGACACGUGAUGUUUAAAAACAUCAGCUUCUCUUAUCCAUCAUACCCUGACAAGAAAGUACUGGAGAACGUUUCAUUUGAAAUGAAACCAGGGUCAUCCACUGCACUGGUGGGUGUCUCAGGUGGAGGAAAGACCACCUGUGUAGCCCUAUUAAAACAUCUGUAUGAGCCACAAUGUGGUGACAUUCUCCUUGAUGGAAGACCCCUAAAGGAAUAUGAUCACAAGUACUUUCACAAUAAGGUAGCUGUUGUGAGCCAAGACCCAGAGCUCUUUGCUCGCUCUAUUCAGGAUAACAUCACGUAUGGACUUGAUGGUUACACAGAAGAUACACUUCAAUCUGCAGUAAAACAGGCUGAUGUUAACAGCUUUAUUUAUUCUUUUAAAGAUGGUUACGACACAGAUGUUGGACAGCGAGGUGGUCUUCUCUCAGCAGGUCAGAAGCAGCGUGUUGCCAUUGCCAGAGCUCUGAUCAGACAACCACAGAUUUUAAUACUCGAUGAGGUGACCAGCAGCCUCGACACAAAGAGUGAAAAGAUGAUCCAAAAUGCUCUGGCAUGUUUCACCACCCAAACCAAAUUGAUUGUGGCACACAGACUGAAGACCAUUGAGAGUGCAGAUCAAAUUAUAGUGAUUGAUAAAGGCUUUGUAUCUGAGCAAGGUACCCACAUGGAGCUGAUGGAGGAAAAGGGAAUCUAUUAUAAAUUAAGAGAACGUAAUUUUACGGAAGACAACACUGAUUAUUAGGAUAUUUAGCAUUUACUUGGAUAUUAAAACUCAUAAGAGUUCCAUGUCAAGUGCAUGUUUUGUACAUAUACUUUUCUCUUAAGAAAAAAAAGUGUCAAAAUUUUUAUUUUAAACUAUUACAUGGACGAGUCUGUGUCUGUAGAAAAAGAAAACCAUAUUUAAACCUGAUUAUAUUUUAGCAUUACUAUAAGCAGCCGUGAAAAAUAUUUUAGUGAUACAUUGUAAAAAUGUGUUGAUAACAGAACAAAUAACUUUCAUAUGUAAGGUUGAAAAAUCAGUAUGUUCACCUUGUGGUAUAAGGCUUUCAGUGUAAGCCUGUUUUACCUGUAUAGUGUAACAUUGUUGUGUGUUUACGUGGCGAUCUCUCUGUUGAUUGCCAUAAUAAAAGCUUGGCACCACCCUUUCUUUGA